AGCUCCUCACUCUCUGUGUCGCCUCCAGCAGCAGAAACAGCAUCCACCAUGGCCACCCUCAUCUCUCAGUCUUCCUCCCGCUCCGUCAGGUCCUCCAUGGGGGCCUCCAGCGGCUCCAUGAUCGGCUACGGCGGCGGGUCAAGGAUCUCAUCCAUGAGAGCCGGCAGCGUGUACGGCGGGGCUGGAGGCUCCGGGGUCCGCAUCUCCUCCUCCUCCAUGGGUGGAGGCUUUGGUGGCGGCUACUCCACGAGCUACAGCUCCUCCGGCGUGGAGGACAACCUCAUCGGCAACGAGAAGUUCACCAUGCAGAACCUGAACGACCGCCUGGCUACCUACCUGGCCAAGGUGCGCUCCCUGGAGAAGGCCAACGCCGACCUGGAGCUGAAGAUCCGGCAGUUUGUGGACAACAAGGCUGGCCCCGCCACCCGGGACCACACCUCCUUCUUCGCCACCAUCUCUGAGAUCACCGGGAAGAUUCAGAACGCCAUCAGGGUGAACGGAGCCGUCCACCUCGGCAUUGACAACGCUCGCCUGGCUGCUGAGGACUUCAGGACCAAGUACGAGAACGAGCUGGCCAUGCGGCAGUCGGUGGAGGCCGACAUCGCCGGGCUCAGGAAGGUCCUGGACGACCUGACGCUGGCUAGGACCGACCUGGAGAUGCAGAUCGAGGGCCUGAGGGAGGAGCUGAUCUUCCUCAAGAAGAACCACCAGGAGGAGAUGCUCGCCAUGCGCGCUCAGAUGUCCGGACAGGUGCACGUGGAGGUGGACGCCGCUCCCGGACAGGACCUCACAAAGGUCAUGGCUGAGAUCAGAGAGCACUACGAAGCCGUCACCGCCAAGAACCAGAGAGACCUGGAGUCCUGGUUCCAGACCAAGACAGAGACUCUGAACAAAGAGGUCAUCACUCAGACCACCACGCUGCAGACGUCCAGAAGCGAAGUGACGGAGGUCAAGCGUACGCUGCAGUCUCUGGAGAUCGAGCUGCAGUCCAUGCUGGGCAUGAAAGCGUCUCUGGAGGCGACUCUGGCCGAGACUCAGAACAGAUACUCCAUGCAGCUCUCCGGGUACCAGGUGCAGGUGAUGUCUCUGGAGGAGCAGCUGGUGCAGCUGAGGGCCGACCUGGAGCGUCAGAGACACGAGUACCAGAUGCUGCUGGACAUCAAGACCAGGCUGGAGAUGGAGAUCGCUGAGUACAGGAGGCUGCUGGACGGGGAGACGGCCAGCAGCUCUUCGUCCACCACCACCACGACCAGGCGGGUGGUGACAGUGGUGGAGCAGGUGGUCGAUGGGAAGGUGGUCUCCUCUUCAACGACAUCCUCCUGAGCUUCGGUGAAAUGAGCCAGCCAAUCAGGACGUCCGUCUUCUCUCUGUUCGCUGACCUCAGAUCAGCUGUGAUAAUAAAGGAGAGUCCAGAUUUA